GUUUUGGCACUGACUGCGUUCAUCUGCAUAGAGACCAUCAUGAAAUGUUCCCCUUGCGAAGGCCUUUACUUCUUUGAGUUUGUGAGCUGCAGUGCGUUGGUGGUUACUGGAGCUCUCCUGCUUUUGUUCAGUCUCAAUCUUCACACAAGAAUACCACAGAUCAACUGGAACCUUACUGAUCUGGUCAACACUGGACUCAGCACUUUCUUCUUUUUCAUUGCCUCUGUAGUACUUGCUGCUUUAAACCAUAAAACUGGAGCAGAAAUUGCUGCUGUGGUGUUUGGUUUCUUGGCAAUGGCAGUGUAUGCUGUGAACACAUAUUUAGCUGUCAAGAAGUGGCAAAUGACCAGCAGACAGCAGAACAGUCGUCAGAGCAGCGAUUACAUGCGCGCUCGGACAGAGUCCAGAGAGGUAGUGCAUCGCCCGGAGAUUCAGCGUCUGGAUGCGUGAAAGGACCUGCCAGUGGGGCUGCAAAGGGAAAAGAAGUGCUAAACUCCCUCAUGGAAUAAGGGUUUUUUCUUUAUUUAAGGAGGAAAAGGAAGAUGAGCGGGUGGCGAGGAGCGCCCAGCCC